GUUGCGAAGCACCACUUGGCAUCGUUCUUUGGGACGGUCCCUCUCUAUCUCUCUCUUGAUUCUUGGACGAAGUAGCCGGUUGCCCUAACACCGCCAAGCUGCAUUCGCCGCUCUUUGUUCAGCUUGCUACCGAUCUGCUCUGGACACAAACCAAGAACCCCGCGAAAGAAGACCCGACGACCCACAAGGCUGUUGUCAAUAAGCGCAAGGAACUCCGGCGAAGAAGAAAAGAACUCAAGCGUCGCCGCAAAGUCUUUGACGAAGCCAACAACAUCUACACUGCCAAGCCGUACAUGCCCAAGAUGCUCGGCCCCAACGGUGCCGCAACGGACGAGAAUGGAAAUCCCGAGGGAUUUAGGGACGACCUCAACAUGGUAGUCAUGUGUCCCGACUGCAAGGAGUACCCGCCUCACCUGGUUGAGGAGUUCUCCUCGGGCGAUAUGGUCUGCGGCUCCUGCGGCCUUGUCGUCGGUGAGCGCAUUAUCGACACUCGCUCCGAAUGGCGUACCUUUGCCAACGACGACCAGGGCAACGACGACCCUUCUCGUGUCGGUGACGCCGUCAACCCCUUGCUCAACGGCUCUCAACUCGAGACGACCAUCGCCUUUGGCGACGGCAGAGACUCGAAGCAGCUUGCCCGGCUGCAGAACAAGUCGCAGAACGACAAGGCUAGCAAGUCUCUCAUGCAGGCCUACAAGGAGAUUGGCGCCUUCUGCGACAGUAUCAACCUUGGCAAGAACGUCUCGGACGCCGCCAAGCACAUCUUCAAGCUCACGUACGAUCACAACUUCAUGAAGGGCAAGCCUCAGGAGGCUGUCAUCGCAGGCUGCAUCUUCAUCGCCUGCCGUCAGACGGGUGUUGGUCGUACCUUCCGGGAGAUCUUCCAGGUCACGCACGUAUCCAAGAAGGAGAUUGGCAGAGUAUUCAAGCAGCUCGAGUCCUUUUUGCAGAAGAUCAAGGAGGAGAACCCACGUGGUGCGGGUUCCCUGUCUAACCUGGACGGCUACAAGGCCAGUGCGUCGACGAGCGCCGAGGACCUCUGUACCCGCUUCUGUUCGAACCUCAACUUCCGUAAUGCGCAAAAGAUCGAGAACGUGUCGCGAGCGCUUGCGCGGAAGACGUCGAGCGUCUCGGAGUUGGCUGGACGCUCGCCGCUGUCGGUGGCGGCCGCCUGUAUCUACAUGGCGUCUCAUCUCAUGAAGGAGGUGAGAACUUCCAAAGAGAUCGCCUCCGUAGCCGGUGUCAGCGACGGCACCAUCAAGACGGCCUAUCGGUUCUUGUAUCAGGCCCGCGACAGGCUGAUCGAGAAGGAGUGGGGUGCUGACCAGAAGGCGAUCGACGGCCUUCCGAUUAACUAGAAGGUAUCCGGUUGUCCUCACAAAUGCCUCGACUCGCGUUGCCCUCAUCUCCAUGUUCAGGAAGAGAUCAACAUUAAGGACGAGGCAUGAGCUCGGUCUAUCUCGGCUCAGGGACACACACCGUUGGCUGCUCGGUUGACGUAGGGCGACUGCUUGGUGAUGGCAAACACGGAUCGGCCCACAUGCAGCCGGCUGCAAUGCUUGAUAGGCAAUGGCGAUUGCCACAUGCCAUUUGUUUCUUUUGGGCGUUUUAGGGGUGGUUUCCCUUUGCCCAUUUAUCACCGUCUUGCUCUUGGUCCGGAUCGUUUCUAGUCGCCUGGAACGGCGCACUCUCGCAGCUCUUGGAAGAUUAGAGCUAAGAGGUCGGUCACGGACGUAUUCCCGGACGGACAGACAGACCAACAGACAGACAGAAUUUGCUUGCUUGCUUGCUUGCUCGCUCGCUCUGCGAGAAUAUGGAUUUGGGAACUGCUGGGGACUGGGGCGGCUUAAUUCGCAUAAUACUCUCACACAGAUGGCUUUUGGGCUGGCUUGCACCGAGCAAACUACAGAGAUAGACGAAAGAAUUACAAGCCCUCUUUCUUUGCAAUAGCACAGCAUGCUCCUGUGCAUGUUAUUUGAUGAAGUGAAGAAGGUAAUGAUUGAAUGCGAAAGCCAGUCUGAAGAUGAGUUUGACGACGAGUGUGAAGGUGAUUCUUCAGCAACUGAGUUACAGAUUGAAGGCAUCAAUAGGAUGAAUGUACAGUGUGCAUUGUAGCAGAACCCGUCUGAAAGCACACUGUAUUCUUUAGCCAAUCACAACU